UUGCUUUACUUAUUGCUUAAAUCUUACAGCUCCCAAGUACCAAACGGCAUAUGCCUGUGAAGGUAAGAAAUUGACUAUUGAAUGCGAGCCAGGCGAUCUGAUCAACUUGAUACGAGCCAAUUAUGGACGCUUUUCAAUUACCAUAUGCAAUGAUCAUGGCAAUGUGGAGUGGAGCGUUAAUUGCAUGUUUCCCAAAAGUCUCACAGUGCUCAACUCGAGAUGUGCACACAAACAAAGCUGCAGUGUGCUGGCAGCCACUAGCAUGUUUGGGGAUCCCUGUCCCGGCACGCACAAGUAUUUGGAGGCGCAUUAUCAAUGCAUUUCAGCAGCGCAGACUUCGACGACCACAAACAGACCUAGUCCGCCGCCUUGGGUAUUGAGCAAUGGACCGCCUAUCUUUGGCAAUGGCAGUGGACUUAUACAGGCGCCAGCGCCAUUGCCGCCACGUCUGCCUACGCUGCCCGGCGUUGUAGGCAUCAAUGGCAUACAUGCCCUGCAACCCACGCAUGUCACACCCAGCAGCAGCAGCAGUAGCACUGCAUCUCUGCCCGGCGGCCGACUCAAGGGUGUAGCCAGCAGUACAACCACCAAGCAUCCAGUUGGCAGACACGAUGGCUUGCCACCGCCACCGCAACUGCAUCAUCAUCAUCACCACACAGACACAGAAACGUCGCCCACCAAAUCGAGCAGUAAUGCUAACAGCAAUGCCACUGCGCCGUCCAAUACUCGCAUACUUACUGGCGUAGGUGGUGCCGGCAGCGAUGAUGGCACGCUGCUCACCACCAAAAGUUCACCUAAUCGCACGCCUGGCUCAGUUGUCAGCGCCAACAAUGGCAGCAACAGCAACGGCGUAGUGCGCACCAUUAAUAAUAUAAAUCUUAAUGCUGCCGGCAUGGCGGGCACAGAUGAUGAAUCAAAGCUGUUUUGCGGACCAACGCAUGCACGUAAUCUAUUUUGGAAUAUGACGCGCGUGGGCGAUGUGAAUGUGCAGCCGUGUCCAGGCGGUGCUGCUGGCAUUGCCAAAUGGCGCUGUGUGCUCAUGAAGCGCUUACCCGAUGCAGGCUACGAUGAGUACGAUGAUGAUGUGCCCUUGGCCAGCAGCACAACUGCUGCACCGCCUAGUGCUGCCAAUGAUUGUAUACACAACAGCAGCAGCUGUGAGCCACCAGUGAGCAUGGCACACAAGGUGAAUCAACGUCUGCGCAACUUUGAACCCACCUGGCAUCCAAUGACGCCAGACUUGACGCAGUGCCGCAGUCUGUGGCUGAAUAGCCUCGAAAUGCGCGUAAAUCAACGCGAUUCCUCGCUCAUCUCCAUUGCCAACGAUUUGUCUGAGGUGACCAGCAGUAAAACGCUCUACGGUGGCGACAUGCUUGUCACCACCAAAAUCAUACAAACUAUGUCCGAGAAAAUGUUUCACGACAAGGAAACCUUUCCGGAUCAGCGUCAACGUGAAGCUAUCAUAAUGGAGCUGCUGCAUGGUGUAGUUAAGACUGGCUCAAAUCUGCUCGAUGAAUCACAGCUGUCCAGCUGGUUAGAUCUCAAUCAAGAAGAUCAAAUGCGCGUGGCCACCUCACUGCUUAUAGGUCUGGAGAAUAAUGCGUUCCUGCUGGCCGACACCAUCAUAAGGGAACGCAAUGUGGUGCAGAAGGUUAAGAAUAUAUUGCUGUCGGUGCGCGUGCUGGAGACCAAGACUAUACAGAACAGCGUUAUGUUUCCCGAUUCGGAUCAGUGGCCGCUGAGCUCGGAUCGCAUAGAGCUGCCACGUGCUGCGCUUAUUGAGAACAGCGAGGGCGGUUUGGUGCGCAUUGUAUUUGCUGCUUUCGAUCGUUUGGAGUCUAUAUUGAAGCCAAGCUAUGAUCACUUUGAUUUAAAAAGUGCGCGCAGCUAUGUGCGCAACACUGCUAUAUUGUCCAAUGAUAGCGAUACUAAUGCUGGGGAACAGCAACAGCGUAUACGCAUAUUGAACAGCAAGGUCAUAUCGGCCAGCUUGGGCAAAGGACGUCAUAUACAACUAUCGCAUCCUAUAACAUUAGUGCUAAAGCAUUUGAAAACUGAGAAUGUUAGCAAUCCCACCUGCGUUUUUUGGAACUAUAUUGAUCACGCUUGGUCUGCCAAUGGCUGUAAUCUGGAGUCAACGAAUCGCACGCAUAGCGUUUGCAGCUGCAAUCAUUUAACCAACUUUGCCAUACUCAUGGAUGUGGUGGAUGAGCAUCAGCACUCGUUGUUCACCAUGUUUGAUGGCAAUAUGCGCAUUUUUAUUUAUAUAAGUGUUGCCAUAUGUGUGGUCUUCAUCAUCAUAGCGCUGCUCACGCUCAAGCUCUUCAACGGCGUCUUUGUCAAGUCGGCACGCACUUCAAUUUAUAGCAACAUUUAUAUUUGCCUGCUGGCCACUGAGCUGCUCUUUCUGCUGGGCAUUGAACAGACCGAAACAAGCAUUUUUUGUGGUUUCACUACCAUCUUUCUGCAUUGUGCCAUACUCUCGGCCAUCGCCUGGUUCUGCUACGAAGCAUUCCAUUCGUACUCUACAUUAACCUCGGAUGAACUGUUGCUGGAGGUGGACCAAACGCCCAAGGUUAAUUGCUAUUAUCUGCUGUCCUAUGGUCUAUCGCUUAGCAUUGUGGCCAUAUCGCUCAUCAUAAAUCCCAGCUCCUAUACACAAAAUGAUUAUUGUGUGCUCAUGGAAACAAAUGCGCUAUUCUAUGCAAUGUUUGUGGCGCCGGUGCUGCUAUUUUUCUUGGCGGCUAUAAGUUACACUUUUCUCUCAUGGUUUAUAAUGCGCCGCAAGAGUCGCACUGCUCUGAAAACCAAAGAACAUACACGUCUGGCCAAUGUGCGCUUCGACAUACGCUGCACAUUUGUCUUUAUGUUGCUGCUGAGCAUGGCUUGGGGCUGCGCCUACUUUUACUUGCGCCAUGCCAAACUGGCUGAGGAUGUGGCCGUCAUCUAUGGCUAUUGCUUUGUCAUUUUCAAUACGCUGCUGGGUCUGUACAUCUUUGUGUUCCAUUGCAUACAAAACGAGAAGAUACGUCGCGAGUAUCGCAAGUACGUGCGUCAGCAUGCCUGGUUGCCAAAAUGCCUGCGCUGCUCCAAGACUUCAAUAUCAUCCGGCAUUGUGUCGGGCAAUGGCGCAGCAGUUGUCAAUGCAGCCGGCACCAUAUCCAAAGUGAAGUCAAAGCUGCCGCUGGGCGUGAGUGAGGCGCAGCAAGAGGCACAGCAGCAACAGCUGGAGCUGCCGGCGGGUGAAGAAGCCAUUAUUAUGGGCGCCGCUAGCAACUCGGACUGUGAGCUAAACGAGGCACAGCAGCGACGCACACUAAAGAGUGGACUUUUGACUGGCAGUCUGCAGCCCGCAGCCGUCGGCGCUGUGGUAUUGGAACGCGGCACGUUGCGCUCCACUGGCAUGGCCAGUGCGGGACACGCUUCACCCACCAGCUCAGCUGGUUCCACGCACUUAAUCUUUGCGCACAAGCAACAGCAGCAGCAGCCGCCACAACAGCCUGGCGAGGCGUACUAUCAUCAGCCGGACUACUACAGCUGGAAGCAGGGCGCAGCACAGCAGCCCCGCGAGUACUACAACAAUGCAGGCGGCACAGCGGGCGGCGCUUCGCCGCAGCAGGCGCAUGAGGUGUUCUACUGGACGCAGAAGCAUAAUAAUCAGCAUGGCAAGAAGAAGCGUGGCGCUGCCGCAGCGGGCGCUAUGCCUGCCUCGCCGAGUGGCUCACUGCAUAGUCGCGCCACAGCCACGUCGCAGGUGCUGUUCUAUCCCUCGUAUAAAAAGACCAGCGGCGGCAUGAAGCAAGCGCCGCCAGGAACACAGCAAGGCUAUCCGCACUAUGCCGAGGCGCUGGAGCCGCCUGCUGCUGCUUACUAUCAGCAGCAGUUGCGUCGCCAGCAGCAGCAGCAACAACAACAGCAGCAGCUGUCAUCGGAUGAGGAGCAAGCCGAGCAGCAUGCGCAUCUGUUGCAUCUGCAACAUCAGCAGCGUCGUGCUGGCGCUCAGCAACUGCCUGCGCCACCGCCACACAUUGCGCAAUAUCAGCAAGAGUUGCUGGCGCAGCAGCAGCGUCAGCAGUUUAGAAAUAAGCAUUCCAACUGUGAUCUUAGCCAGGGCAUGGGCCUAGGCCUAGGCGAUGCCUACUACAACCAGAGUGGCGGCGGCGGCAGCAACGCCGAUGGCGGCCCAGUCUAUGAGGAAAUCUUGAGUAAUCGCAACUCUGAUGCGCAGCACUACGAGGUGGGCGAUUUCGAUGUGGAUGAGGUGUACAACAAUAGCGUCGGCACGGGUGUCUUUAACAGCAUGCGUGCUGCUGUGGCCGCCGGUGGUAGUCGCUAUGGUGGCGGCAGCCUCAGCGGUGGCAGUGUCUCGUCCAGAAGCCAACAGCAGCAGCAACAACAGCUGCAGCAGCAGCAGCAAAAGCGUCAGCAGCUGAACACACGACGCUGUGCCGCCGAUGAAGACGAUGAUGACGACGACGACGAAGAUGAUGAUGACAAUGAUGAGUAUGAGGGAGCAGCGGAACAGCAGCUGCACGAUAGCGUCUGUGAUGAUGAUGAGAGUGAUUUGGAUGAUGAUACGCAAGGAUUGCCGCCGCAAAGCGAUGAGCGCAUGCGUCGCCUAAUGGCGUUACAAGAUGAGGACUUUAAGCGACGCUUUCAACGACAGCAACGCAAGCAGGGCGCACAUUUAGAUUAUGGUGCGCCACCUCAAGCCGGAGGCCGCCAUACGGAGCAUAAUGGAGGCGCGGUUUUUGGGGUUAGCGGCGGCGUUGGUGAGGGCUCCUUGCGUGGCGCAUACCGGCAGCAACAGCAGCAACAACAGCUGCAUGCCAAAUCGCCCAGCGCACGCUUGGCGGUAAAUGAGCUAUUUGGCCAUGGUAAUGCCGGACCACCACUGCCACCGGCCAAUCAGACGCCCGCACAGAAGCGUCAGCAGCUUCAAAAGUUAUCACCACAGUCCACAACAUCAUCGUCGUCGCACACCUCACACAGCAAUCCUGCUCCACAUCAUAUAGUACAUCCACAUCACAAUCCACACCAGGCACGCCAUAUAUCGGCUAUGUUGGAUGAGAACAACACGGUGCGCUGCUAUUUGGAGCCAUUGGCCAAGUAAGACAGACAACUGUUGGCUCGGGCGCAUUCGUUGUUGUCAUCUUAGGCAAAUAUUUAUAGCUUAGGCUUAGCUAUUACCUCUAGUAUUAGUCAUUAGUCGAAAUAUGGAGCAUUGUGUGAAACAACUUGCUAGACAUAAUAUAUAUAUACGUGCAGUGAUUCGAGAAUCCCAAAACUUUAUAUGCAUAUACUCAAUGUGUGUGUGUAUAUAUGUGUAACUCAACUAGACCAUAGACGUAAACAUAAACGAUAUACAGCUAAAGAUAAAGAUUAAAUAUAGAAAGUAAAACAACCAAGCAACCAAGGCGGAGCAAUCUAAACUCAAUAUGCAUGCUAGAGUAGCUAGAAGAAGAAGCAAAACAAACUGAAACAAAGAUAAUUGUCCGAUACUCUCUAUCAAGAUUUAUACAAACUCGAUAUAUGAAUGUAUUUAAUGUAUAUGUUUAGUGUAAUGAUGUAUGAUGUAAUAAUGUAAGAUGUAUGUGCUGCGCAUACAUCAGCCCACAUGCCAUUUUUAAGUAGUUUAACCAUAGCUAUGCGUAUAUUAAUAACUUAUAAGGUCUGAGUACUGUAUGUAAAUGAUAUUUAAAGCGCAGAGCAUAGUACGUAUUUUAUAUUAUUUUUAAGCUGUCUUGCUGUUCAAUAUUGCAAUAUUACUGCAAUAUAUAUGAAGCCUUGAAACUAGUUUCAACUUCAUAAACCAAAAAUUCUAUUUAUACACUACAAUUAUUUGUUUAAUUUCUACAUCUACACCGCUGUAAAUUGAGCUCAGCUGCAUAAAACAAAUCCCUAUUGUUUUUCUCAGCUACGCUUUUAUAUUUUUUAUUUAUACACAUAUUUUGAUUUAAUGCCAUUUGUUAUUGCUGUUUCAUUUUUAAGGCAUAUUUUUUAAGUAAACCAGCAAAGCAUUUUUGUACAUUAUAUUUUCUACAAUAUGCUUCAAGCACAAAAACCUAGGGCAUUUAUUUUGUAACUUUUUUGUCUUAAAUAAACAAACAAUAGUAGAACGCUUUAUUAUACUAUAAACAAAUGCAAACAAAAUGUUAUUGCUAUGUAAAUGUCUAGGCCACAACACUCUUUCCUAAGCGAAUCAGCAGAUAAAGUAACGUAUACCUAAAUAUAUGGCAAAGAAAGAUUUCAAUCAAACCUCACUUGUUAACUAGGAACUAACUAACUGUAAAGCUCUUUAAAUUACUAGCUAACGCAAACAGAAACAAACUGUACUAUCAAGCGAUAACUUUAUGCCCCUUUAAUAAUGGCUCUAGACAAUUUCCCUUGCAUGUGUACAAAACCCAAUAAAGGAAAAGUGCAAAUAAACAUUUAACAUUUCACAUUUACCAAUGCAAAAGAAAACGCUAACUCUAUGAAAACUGCCUGCACAGCUCUUCCCUCAAUCCCUCCCUGUAUUCAAACACUAUAUUUCAAAUAGAAGUGAAUUUAAUCGUUUUAUGAGCACCUCACAGCUAAUUUUCCAGCACACAGGCUACUAUUGGAUUUUUAUAAGAAUGAAAAACAUUAGAUAAAGUGCAACAUUAAAUUAAAAUAGAUGUAAAUGAUGUGCAAAAGAGUAGCGGCAUUUUUUGCAGUUUAAGCGAAAAGCUAGCAGAUGGUAAUGGAAAUUGAAAAUAAGAAAACUUUAAAUAACUCUACGUAUAUGUAUGACAACUGAAAUAUUGAAUGUAUAGUGUUGCGCCUCCUAGUACUUUACAUAAAUUGAACAAGAAUAUAUAGCGGAUAAAUGUAUGUAAAUGUAUAUUUAUGGAUUAUAAUGCAAAGCAGAAGCCGAUAUCUACAAAAUGAAAAUCAUAAAAAACCAACUCAUUUUUGUCUCUACAUGUUUACUUUUUGAAUGGAAAUGUAACAAAUACAUGUAAUAGAACGAGAUACACUCUAACUGUAUGGAAUGAAUAUGUUAUUGAACACAUCUUUUCUAAUUAAGACGAAUAAACUGAGAACAUUUAA